GCAGAAGCACCGUAACGUCUUUACAGCAAUAUUACAGUCAUUUUUCUGCCGUGCUGUGACGUCAUUGAAGGUCAGGUGUUUUUUAUAUAAUGUAAUGGUCCAGGUUGUUCUUAGAAAACAUUGUAUGUUCAUAUCUGACUGUUUGUGGGCCCUUGAAUGUCACAAACAUUAACAAAGACACUUAAAAGGUUUUUUACAGCGAUGCCAUAUAGAAGAACCAUUUUGGUUCCACAAAAAAAAAAUAUUCUAAGGUUAUUUUGUAGCUUUUAGACAUCCCUGUCUUCCUGAAACACAUGGAUUUUGUACAGAACUCUGAUUUGAAAAGCUCUGUGUCCCUGAUUGGCCAGCUAAUCUGUACAAUGCGAUUGGCCUUAAUACCUCUGACGUCAACUGGAAAUGUGACGCUCCUUACUAUGUUUGAAAGAUUUGCUCACAAUGCAAUGCUAACAGGAGUUAACUUACAAGCUGUGAGUCUGAAGCGGGCAGAAUUAUGAUAAUGUCGGUCUUGUCUACAUCACCAAUCCCAGGAAGUAAACUGUUGCCUACAAUCCAUGUGUUUGUUGUAGUCCAAGAAAAGAGAUUUACGUUGGAGACGAUAACUCGCGUCAUCGUUUACUUUGUGGUUUGUACCUUUUGCAUAUUGUUAACAUGAACUAAUACACAUCUACACACCAAAAAAAAUAAAAUGUGAAUCGGACAAUAGUUGCUCUUUAAAGAGUAACUAAACCCUAAACCAACUUUUUUUAGUUAAUGAUCUGUAAGAAUGAUGCUUUAUUAGUGCUGUUCAUUGAUUUUAGUAAGUUUUUUGACAUUUGGAUAUAAAGUGUUUCAAUACUACAAUAUAUGGUGUAAAAACGUCUGAGUGCUGCCCUCUUCAGGUUGAACGGUGGCUACUGCAGUUGAAUUUUUUUAUUGGAUGUUGGGUCCAGAAAAUAACUUGUGACGUAAGCAGAUUCAAGCUCACCACUCCCUUGUUACGAUCUCACCACACACUUGGUACGAGCUUAAUUCGUCCCCUCUAUCUCCGUUGGGAUCUGCCCACUUUUCUUGCAUUUUUCAAAUAUUACCAGUGGGUGGAGUCAGGCUCUGACCAGGGGUUUAGUUACGCUUUAACAUCAUGCUAAACAAAGGCUAAAUGUCAAAAAAGCAGUUUGUGACAGAUUAUUUCUGGACCAAACUCAAGUUUCUAAAAGUUUUAUUCGAACGUGGUUAACUGUUACAUAUAAUGGACCCCGUAUUCCUUUUAUGGGCACUUCCCCCGGAAAACCACGCCUACACGUCAAUCAGAGUCAGAGCGUUCAUCAUUAGCAUUGUUCCUUCGAGUAGAAGUCACCAGCAUCACUGCACGCAACAACUUUGUCCACAAUUAACAAUGGCACAACGAAAGAAGUGUGUUUUUAGAAGUAAGGAGAAGAAAGCCUUGUUCAGCUUUGCAAUGCCCUUUUCACACAAAGAUGAUAUAAAUUACACGGAAAAUGCGUAGUUAUCUCCUCCAAUUAACGCUUCCAAGAGUUCUGCCUCUUUCAGAAAAACAGAAAGGCUGUUCUGCCUUUUAUAAAUUUGACAACACAAAAUAGUUUUUGAACAUGAAGAAUGAAAUACUACUCUACAGAGACCCAAGAUUAAUAUGAAAUUGACAGAAACUCUGUGUAUUAUUUGAUAAUAUAAUAGAAUUUAAAAUCCAUUUCUGUCAUACCUGAAACAGUUUGUUAUGGAACCAUUAGUUAAAAAUGGUUUAUCUAUGGAAUCAUGAGGAAUCUUUACUUUACGAGAUUCUUGAGUUAAACUCAAGAAUUAAAUGUUCUAGUUAAAAAGAUUAGCUUGUAAAUAGCGCAUCAUUAGUUGCUUCCAUUAAUCCACUGUUAAACAUUGUUAAUGGAUAAAUGAAAGAAAAAAGUGUGUUUGAAGUCCACGUGGACAUAGCUAAACAAACACUCGCUGUACAAACCAAAUUUAAUUUACACCACUGGUGUGUCAGAUAAAAUGUCUUCUGCUUCUCUCACUCCUGUCUUAAAUCCAUUAUUUCCCCCUCCCUCUCUCUCUCUCUCUCUCUCUCUCUCUCUCUCUCUCAGUCAAUGGAAGUCAUGAGAGAAGAUCAGAGUUCAGGUUAAUUAUUGAUCAAAGGUCCAUCUUCCAGCAGUCAGAGAUCUUCAGUGUUUAUAUGUCUUGACAAAUACAACGGUCUGCGCUUCAUUAAUGAUAUUUGGCUUCAUAGUUUUUUCCCAGCGGUCCAGUAUGAUCUCCUGUGAUGGGCGAGUGUCUGUAUCAGCUGUUUGACCAGAUUUGUCUCUGAUUUACCAUGUUGUGUUUUCACGCAUACGUCUGUCUCUUGUCUUUAACUUUGCCGUUGAGUUUGUGGAGCACAGCUGAAUGUGUCCUAGGAAAACCACACCGACUGUGGCUUCAGCCCCUCAUUCCGAGUCACUUUCAGUCUGGAAGCUUACCCAGCGGUUUCCUUUGGGGUGUCGCGUCUUCGGCGUUCCCUACUGAAGGUUCCUGGGAUGCGGACGGGAAGGGAGAGUCUGUGUGGGACCGCUUUACCCAUCGUUCCAGCAUCGAUGGCGCCCGUGUGGAUACAGCAGAUGUGGCCAGUGACAGUUAUGUUCAAUGGAAAGAGGAUGUAAAAUCAGUUCAGUAUCUGGGCGUUAAUUUCUAUGCUUUUUCCCUCUCGUGGGCACGAAUUUUUCCAGAUGGCAAUGCGACAUCUGAACCUAACCAUGCUGGAGUUGAACAUUACCUCCGUUUGAUCAGAAAGUUAAAGGAGCUUGGCGUGGAACCUGUGGUGACGCUGCAUCACUGGGAUUUACCACAAACACUGCAGGAGCGUUUUGGAGGCUGGCUAAACCCAAACAUGGCAGAUAUUUUUGCAGAAUACGCUGCGUUUUGUUUCAGAACGUUUGGUGGAGACGUUCAGUACUGGCUCACGUUGCACAACCCGUUUCUGUUGGCCAUUCAGGGUUACGGUACUGGGGCUCACGCCCCGGGUGUGACCGGAGAGCCCGCUGACCCCUUCAUUGCUGCACAUAACCUCAUCAGGGCUCAUGCUAAAGCUUGGCACAUUUACGACAAACAAUUCAGAGCCCACCAGCACGGUCAGGUCUCCAUCACUCUGGGAUCUCAAUGGGUGGAGCCUUUUCACGGUCAUGCCACAUCAGCCAAUGUGGAGCUCUGUCAGAAAUCCAUGGAGGCUGUGAUCGGUUGGUUCGCAGAGCCGAUACACGGCAGUGGAGAUUAUCCUGCAUCCCUUAAGGCGUCCAAUCGCGGGGUUAUUCCUGAGUUCAGCCUGGAGGAAAGGAUCUGGGUGAGGGGCACUGCAGACUUUUUCUCCUUGGCUUUUGGUCCAGAAACGUUGAGAGUGGUCAAAGGACUGGCCUGGUUUGGUCAGAAGGUGACUCCGGACUUGAGGAGUGUUUUGGUGUGGAUUCAGCAGGAGUACGAUGAUCCGCGGGUUCUGGUGGCAGAGAGCGGAUGGUUCUCUAAUGCUUCUGUCGGGGUCGACGACACUGUGGCCAUUUAUGUGCUGAAGACGUUCAUCAUGCAGGUGUUGCAAGCCAUUUCCAUAGACAGCGUGAAGGUGUUUGGAUACGCAGCCUGGAGUCUGGUGGAUGGAUUUGAAUGGAAUCACGGUUACACUAUUCGUAAGGGACUUUUCUACAUUGACUUUAGCCAACCACAGCGACGGAGACUCCCAAAGACCAGCGCUCACUUCUACAGACAGAUCAUCCUGUCCAUCAAUGACACGCAAAAUAUUAACGGACAAUUUCCAUGCGACUUCCAGUUUGGCGUGGCUGACUCAAUACUACAGGUGCAUUUGCAUCCAUUUUCGCCCCAGUUCAUUGACCGUCAUCUGUACCGCUGGAAUUACUCUGGUGAUGGAGCCCUCAAACCUGUGACCGGCAUCGUUCUUCACACCCGACCAGCUCAGUGUACAGACUUCUUGUACAUUCAACACCACGUCAUCCUCGUAAAAGGCACGGCGGCAUCGCAUUACCGGUUUGCGCUGGACUGGUCCCAGCUCGUGCCCAGUGGUGACCUCUCUUCUGUGGAUCCUGAAAAGCUGAGAUUUUACAGGUGUGUGCUGAGCGAGAUCAGGAGGAUGGGAAUCCAACCAGUCGUGACGUUGUACCACCCCAGUUACAGGUCACCCACGCUGGGCCUGCCCGAUCCCUUGUACGCUAAUGGCGGCUGGAGAAAUGGCAGCACUUUAGAGGCGUUUAUCAAGUAUGCCGUUUUCUGUUACCGUGAAUUUGGCGCGCUGGUACCGACGUGGAUAACCAUUAACGAGCCAAACCGUCUGAUGGAAACGUACGGCGGUACCACAGAGGACAGACGAACGGCAGCGCGACACCUGUUAUUGGCACACGCGAAGGCCUGGCACAUUUACGACGCACGUUUCCGCCAGAAACACAGAGGGAUGGUUAGCUUUGCGCUUCAUGCUGAUUGGGUCGAACCAACCAAUCCUUUCUUGGAAUCUCACAAAAGUGCCGCUCAGCAUUUUCUGUUGUUUGAACUAGGACGUUUUCUUGAUCCCUUCAUUGGUGGAGAAGAUUCUGAUAUACAGGAGGGUAACGUCAGAUCUCUGAUUGGCUUCACCGAUGAUGAGAAGGAGGAGCUUAAAGCAGCACUGGAUUUCAUUGCUCUGAAUCACUUCACAACACGUUUAGUGUCACCGCUGCACCCUCAGUCACCACAAAACCCAAACCCACAGAACCAGGACCAUGGCUGCUCUCUGAUGCGUGACAAGACCUUGCCAUCAUCAAAGAUGGAACAGGCCGUUGUACCCUGGGGCCUCCGCAGGAUGUUGGGCUGGAUGAAGAAUCGCUAUGGUAACGGUAUCCCAAUCAUCAUCACAGCGUCAGGGAUUGAUGACCAAGCGGCCUAUGAUGAUCAACUGAGACAGAGUUAUAUCAGGAACUACCUGCAGGAGGCACUGAAAGCCUAUGAGUUGGAUGGUGUCAAUCUAAAAGGGUUUUAUGUUUGGAAACUUCAGGACAGACAUGAUCCUCAGUUUGGUCUUUUUAAGUCAGCUGAUCAUGACUCACAACCCAAAGCCUCGGUUAACCUUUACCGUGACAUCAUCAGGGACCGUGGCUUUCCACCUGCCGUUGAACGUGGACCGUCUUGCCAGCACAAGGACAGCAGCGCGAGUUGUGGGAUUUGCAUGCAGAUCGCAGAGAACAAAUCUCUGCUGUUUUUCAGCGUGUGUCUUUCUGUCAUCCUGUCCUUCAUCAUCAUCAACACCAUCUGUGUGGUGAGGAAGAGGAGGAGGACAGCACAGAGACUCUGCACUCGACACAAAACAACAGCACAUCUGCACCAUUAAACUAACUGACUACUGUAAGACAGGUGUGUGUGUGUGUGUGGGUUGGUAUAUGUGGUUUAUGGGCAUAAAUAAUGUAUAAUGACAUGUUUACUAUGCUAUAAACUUGGUUUACAGCUUAAAAAGCAUACUAAAUGGUAGUGUUUCAUAAAUUAAAGACUGACAACAGGUUUUUGUGAUGGUUGGGUUCAGGGGAAUAGAAUAUAACAGUUUGUACAGUAGAAAAUGCAGUGCAUCCAUGGAAUUGUCCCAGUAAACCACAUAUGCCAAUCAAAUUCCUGCAAUGAGGCAGAUUUUAUAUUUUGUAAGAUUAUAAGAUGCUGCUCAGUGUUUCUCAGUAUUGUCAUUUAUCUGUAGUGAAGAGUGAAAGAAAAUGUAUGUGUUUAUUUGUAAUUCACUUUACUGUAUAUUUGUGAAUAUUUUGUGAUGUCAAAAACAAUUAAAGAUUAAUUUUGUUGAA